AUGGAAGGUGGCAUUGAUGAUUUUUUGUUGGAAACUGAGGAUGAGAUCGCUGCGGAGAACAGGAACAUAGUGGAAGAUGAAAUGUUAGGAGAUGAUGGUAUCGUCGUACCUAAGAUCGGAAUGAUAUUUAGCAAUGAGAAUGAAAUGUUUGAAUUGUACAAAGAAUAUGCAUACAGCGUAGGUUUUCCCGUAAAAAAAAAGAAUUCAAAAAAAGGGGCCGGUGGAGUUUUGAGAUUUGUGACAUAUACUUGUGGCCGUGAAGGUCGAAGGCCAAGUACUGCUACCGGAUCUGUAAGGCCACAACCAACAAUUCAAACCAAUUGUAAGGCCCGGAUAAGCGCAUCUUCAGAUGAUCAUGGAUCUUGGAGAAUUAAUGCAGUCCACCUCGACCACAAUCAUGGAACAAGCCCAUCGAAAUCCAGGUUGUUUCGAUGCAAUAGAGAACUGAGUGCACAGGUGAAGCGGAGGCUUGAAGUGAACGAUGUAGCGGGAAUUCCGUUGCACAAAAGUUAUAAUUCCGCAGUUGUUGAGGCGGGCGGAUACGAAAAUAUGACUUGUGUGGAAAAGGAUUGUCGGAACUACAUCGAACAAGUGAGACGGUUAAGACUCGGAGAAGGAGAUGCCGUCGCAAUACAAGCAUAUUUUUCAAAUAUGCAAGCACAUUGCUCGGGGUUUUAUUUUAGUAUUGAUUUGGAUGAUGAAUCGCGGUUGAGGAACAUAUUUUGGGCAGAUAAUAGGUGUAGGCAGGCAUACAAGGAAUUCGGCGAUGUGGUCACGUUUGAUACAACGUAUCUCACAAAUAAGUAUGAUAUGCCUUUUGCUCCUUUCGUUGGCGUCAAUCACCAUGGACAAUCAACACUGCUCGGUUGUGGUUUGCUUUCGAACGAGGACACAAAUAGUUUUGUGUGGCUAUUCAGAUGUACGCAAGGAUUUCAAGGGACACACCUAUUCAAACGGUUGCCUCAUUUUCUAUAA